AUGAAGAAGGGAGCUGUAAGUGCCAGUAUAGACCAAAAAAUCUAUGAUCUCAUACACAAACUUCUAGAAGAGAGGACAGAAGCCAACAAAAAGGUCAAUGUGGACAAAGAUUCUUUUGAAUCAAUAGCUUUGGCUAGAGACUUAAGCUUGUCUGAUAUCUUGCAUUACGUUCAACUAAAAGAUUUCCAGUUGCGCCGGAUGAAAAGAAACACCGUCGAAAAAGCUAUUCAAGAAGUCUUGAAGAUUGUCAGAGAAGAUGAGCAGGAAGAGCUUAGUGACGUUAUUAAGUACAGAGAUGAUUUGGGGUCACAGAAGCCUGAGACAAAUGAAAGUGAUAGCGAUUUCGAAAACGCAGACGAAAGCAACAUGAUGGUCGUGAAAGAUUCCAAUGCAUUGAACAAGUCAGUAGUAAGUUCGUGGGGUGUUACUCCUGUUGCUAUUGAAUCAAACGAUGAAGAAAAAAAGAAUGACGAAGAAAAGAAGAGCGACGAAGAGAAAAAGAGAAAGCGGAAGGAAUCAUCCACCAAAGUCUCCCACAAGAAGAAAAAGAUAGAUCAUACUCCUCCAGACAUUAAUCUAUCCCAACUAGGAGGAAUGGAAAAAGUCACAACCCAGCUAAUGGAACUUAUUGGGUUACCAAUACUACAUCCUGAAAUUUAUCUUUCCACAGGUGUUGAACCACCAAGAGGUGUUUUGUUAUACGGCCCUCCCGGUUGUGGUAAGACCACAGUUGCAAAUGCAUUAGCUGGAGAAUUACAGGUCCCAUUCAUAAGCAUAUCAGCCCCUUCAGUGGUUUCUGGAAUGUCAGGAGAAAGCGAAAAGAAGUUGAGAGAAAUCUUUGAAGAUGCAAAGAACAUCGCUCCGUGUUUGGUUUUCAUUGACGAAAUUGACUCAAUCACCCCAAAAAGAGAUGGAGGUGCCCAAAGGGAAAUGGAGCGUCGUAUAGUAGCACAGUUGUUGACCUUGAUGGAUGAGUUGACGUUAGACAAAACUAAUGGCAAACCUGUCAUUGUCAUUGGAGCCACGAACAGACCUGAUUCCUUAGAUCCAGCAUUGAGGAGAGCAGGUAGGUUUGACAGAGAAAUAUGUCUUAAUGUGCCAAGUGAAGAACAGAGAAUAUCUAUUCUCAAGGCCAUGACCUCUACAUUGAAAUUAAACUUGGAAGGGUUCAAUUUCAAGGUGUUGGCCAAGCUCACAUCAGGUUUUGUGGGAGCAGAUUUAAAGAGUUUGGUUACUGCGUCGGGAGUUUUCGCCAUAAAGAGGAUAUUUGAAACUCUCAGUGAGCAACAAGAACUCGAAGAGUUAAUGAAAAAUGGCUCUCUUGAUAAUAAUUCCAUGGAGGUGGACCAAAAAGUCACUCCUGCCGUAACAUCUGCUGUUUCAAAUUCCAAGGAGUUGGUGGAAACUUUUGAAAAUAAGUCAGACGACGAGAAGCUUUCUAUUAUUCAAAAGUUCUUAAUAAGCCAUCCUUCUCCAUUGACAGAAGAACAGCUACAGCCACUAUCCAUAAGCUUUGACGAUUUCAUGAAUGCCCUCCCUUCUGUACAACCGACGGCCAAGAGAGAAGGGUUUGCAACUAUUCCAGAUGUUACUUGGGAUCAUGUAGGAGCGUUGACCAAGAUCAGAAUGGAGUUACAUAUGUGCAUUGUACAACCCAUCAAGAAACCAGAGAUUUUUGAAAAAGUGGGUAUAACAGCCCCAGCUGGUGUGUUGAUGUGGGGCCCACCAGGAUGUGGUAAAACCCUUUUAGCCAAAGCCGUUGCAAACGAAUCCAGGGCCAACUUCAUUUCUAUCAAGGGACCUGAGUUGUUGAAUAAGUAUGUUGGUGAAAGUGAGAGGGCUAUUAGACAAGUAUUCCAAAGAGCAAGAGCUAGUGUUCCUUGUAUUAUUUUCUUCGAUGAGUUGGAUGCAUUGGUUCCUAGAAGAGAUGCAUCUUUGAGUGAAUCGAGUUCUCGUGUGGUGAAUACUCUUUUAACCGAAUUAGAUGGUUUGAAUGAUAGAAAGGGAAUCUUUGUAAUUGGUGCCACAAACAGACCCGAUAUGAUCGACCCUGCUAUGAUCAGACCCGGAAGAUUGGAUAAGUCAUUGUACAUUGAAUUGCCUACAGAAGAAGAGAGACUUGAUAUCUUGAAGACGUUAAUCAAAUCUAACGGUACACCAAUUGACGAGUCUGUUAAUUUGAAAGAUAUCGUAUACAAUCAAAAAUGCAGAAACUUUUCGGGGGCUGAUUUGUCGUCUUUGGUCAGAGAAGCUGGUGUUAUUGCAUUGAAGAGAAAGUUCUUCCACCACCAAAAGGUCGGAGAUUUGGACAAGUCUGGGUUCAUGGAGACCGAGGACCUUGUUGAUGCAAGUGAUAUCUUUGUCACUCUGAACGACUUUUUGAUAGCUUUGGACAAUAUCAAGCCCAGUGUUAAUGAUAGAGAUAGAGCAAAAUAUGAGAGGUUAAACAAGAAGAUAGCCCCGGUCAUUGGAGAGCCACAAGAGCUCAAGGACCUGGAAGAGCAGUAA